AUGGCGCCUUUUUCUUCCCCGAAACACCGCUCCUCCCCCGGAGGGGCACUUAAAAACAGCUCCAAGGCCCCUCUCCAGGAUUCAGUGAAUUCGGAACCCGCCGUCGUCGAAGGGCCCGUCAUCAAAAAGCUAAAAUACGUCCCCGGUGGACCAGGUGGCGGUGGCAGAUACAUCGAAGUUGAAGUUAGGGAAACGAUCAAGCCGAAGCCGAAGCCUAAACCGAAACAACCUAAAGUGAGCCCCAUGAAGAGGAGGCAUUCGUCCAUCUCUCGCACUCGCCAACGAACAAAAGGGAUGGACUCACCCGCGCAAUCCACGCAGCUACCUCCGCCUCCGCCAGUCCAUGCUCCGACGACCCCGCCCUCUACGCGUUUGAGAAGGGAGAAGAGUCAGAGCCGGGGGCGAUUCGGAUCGUCAACGGCGGCGGCGCUGGCUUUACAACAGGGAGAUGGCUACAAACCACGAGAAGAGAGAGGCUGGGAGGAGUUCCAUCCGGAGCUCGACAUCGAAGCGAAGUUCGCCGUGUUCCCGUCCUCAGAGGUUGACCGGCCCCCUCCCUCCGCGCAGCUUGCCAACAUCUUGUCUCCUAAUGGCCUCGAUAAGACGGACGAGAACGAUCCCAUCGCAGAGCUUAUUCGCGCUCAUGCGAAUGGCACCGCCCAAACACCGAUCAAACGGAGACCAGGGCGCCCCCCGCGCCGUCCGGAAGCUAUCUUACAGGCCCUCGGCGUUUUCACUCCUCAGCCAAAAGUCGUUCCCCCGCCAGGGCCCAACCCGCGCGAGAAGCUUACCCUUCCGAAACCUUCCUUCCGACUAAAAGACCCCUUCACCUUUUACGAUCAACCCGGUGUUGGUCAGCAGAACUACGUCGAUCGGACGAUGGCUAGUGUUGGAUACCAGGAAAGCGACCUCUUCCUCCGUCAUGACCGUCGUUUGAUCCGUAUGGCCGAGGGCACACAGGACGAUGAUUUGGAUAUCGGAAAUAUUGUUGCAGGCGAGGGAGAGGUGAAUGCCGCAGUGGGUCGGGUCGAAUACGACAUGGAUGAGCAAGACGAGAAGUGGCUGGAAGAAUACAAUUCGAAACGGCGAGAAGAUCAGUUUGAACCGAUCAAACCAGCCAUCUUCGAAAUUACAAUGACGAAAAUUGAGAAGGAGUGGCACAGUCUCGAGAAGCGCAUCCCAAAACCAAAUCCCAAGCCUCCACAAACGCAGCGGCCCAGGUCAAGCUCGGCCGCAGCGGUCAACGGUGAGACGACAGGUCCUGGAGAGGAUCAGGACACCAAGUGCGCUAUUUGUGAUGACGGGGAUUGCGAAAACGCCAAUGCGAUUGUGUUCUGCGAUGGCUGUGAUCUAGCAGUGCACCAAGAGUGCUAUGGUGUUCCGUUCAUCCCAGAGGGCCAGUGGCUGUGUCGGAAAUGCCAGCUUAUAGGAAGAGGAUCUCCGAACUGCAUAUUCUGUCCCAACACCGAGGGUGCUUUCAAGCAGACAACAACUUCGAAAUGGUCGCACCUUCUCUGCGCGAUCUGGAUCCCAGAGGUGUCCAUCGGCAACCCCUCUCUGAUGGAGCCCAUCACCGAUAUUGAAAAAGUGCCUAGGAGUCGUUGGAAGCUCCAAUGCUAUAUCUGUCGCCAAAGGAUGGGUGCGUCGAUACAAUGCAGCAAUAAAAACUGUUUCGUGGCUUUCCACGUCACAUGCGCUCGAAGAGCACAACUCUACUUGAAAAUGAAAUCAGGUCAUGGGAACCUCGCUGUCAUGGACUCGCAUCUCCUAAAAGCUUUCUGCGACAAGCACGUGCCCCCGGAAUGGCGUCGGGAACAUGGGACAGAUGCUGCCACAGCAGAAGCUAUCGAAUAUUACCGUAAUACGAUGCAGGGUCGACGGUGGGGAGAUAGUCAAGCGGCGGCUCUAUCGCUAGAACCCACCAACCCGCUUGGCGGCGAUCAUGAAGAUGACGAUGGGCAGCGGACCCAUACCCCGCGUAUUACGCUCACCGUCGGAGGUAACAAACGGAAGAGGCCGAACGCGCCUCGGACAAUCUGGAAGUUGCCGUCAGGGGCACCCGUCAUCCCUCAAGUUGUUUUGAAUUCUGUGUCUGCCUCGCUUGCACGUUUUACUGUUCGUCAACGAAAGCAAUUUGCAGAAGACGCGUGCAAGUAUUGGACCUUGAAAAGAGAGGCGAGGCGAGGCGCUGCCCUACUCAAACGUCUCCAGUUGCAACUAGAGACAUUCUCAUCGAUGGAGAUGACCCGACGAGAUUAUGCUGCUAUGGGAGCAACCGGAAGCAAACGAUUACAGCGGCGUAUCGAGUUUGGAGACCGUCUGUAUCGUGAUCUUGACCGGUUGCGGAUGCUGUGCGAUGAGGUGAAGAAACGCGAGAGGGAGAAGCUGAAGGAUGCCGAAAUGCUUCGCGGCAUUGUGGAUAACGUCUACUUCCCAAUCUUCCCCCUGCUUUGGCCGAUAUUCGAGAAAGCUCAAGUGUUGGACAGCAAGGGAAUUUUCAGGCCAGGACUCGCCGCAGUCCGCGCCAAACUAGACCAACGCUACUACCCAUCCGUAUCGUCCUUCUCAGCUCAUCUUGCUAGCGUCUUUACUUCGGAGAUUGGAGUCCAGCCGGCUGGAGAUACCGCUGAGCUUCAAAUGCAGAUCAGUGGGCGUGCUCCUGAGCUCAGCCUUGAGCAAAGGGAGAAGCGGAAAAUGGCCAAGCGGAUCAUCAAAGCUAUCCAGCCCGCUCUUGAGGACGCGAUUCGUAAAGAAAGCGAACUAAAUCGCCAGCCUUUCGAGCAGGAGCUGAAGGACUUGGAUGUUAUGCUUGAAAACAGUCUGUUAUCCGCAAGAGGCUCCGAGAUCGACUCUGGGGAGCGUGCUGGGGACGAUACCUUUGAGAAAUCCGAAAAGAUCGAAGUGACUGAGGGUAGUGUUCACGACGUGGAGAAUGCGCCCGGUGCUUCUGCGAAGCUCGAAUCUCAAGACGAAACAAUGGAGGAACCGGCAGAUGGGAUUUUACCAGAGGUAGAGGGUACACAACCUCCCGCAACUUCCUCAGAUCCGCAAGCUAUGGAUAUAGAUAUUCCAGAAGGCACGCCAGCUCUUCCCAAUGCCGACAGCGCUACUUCGUUGCCGAUCCAACCCGCCAACGAAACUCAGCCGGUGACUAUGGAUGGGACUCCGCCCAUUCCUGAACAAACCGAUCUACCAGUCCCCGGUCAGGUUGCAGAAGCUCCAAAGGUGCCCUUAUCCCCUCCGAUUCUCCAAAGUGACCAGCAGCAUCCGUUGUCUCAGGGAGGGAUCCAGUGGUACAUGCAACCUUUUGAUCCUAUAGGGACAACCAUUCACGAAGAACGCUGGACGGGCCGCGAGGUCAUGCGCGGUCUGAGCGAGGAACUGAGUGAACUAGAUGAGGACGAACUGAAAGACCUCGUGGCUGAUGACGAGCUCGAGGAAAGUGCCGCUGGAGCCGACGCCUCAAACAGCGGGGCGCAAGACAACUUGGGUGGAGAGCAAGGGGUGAAGAUCCAUCGGACUCGGCGUAGAUGGCGCGGCUUCAAGUGA